AGAAUAGAUUACUUUGUUAGUUUGUUAUAAUUCAUUGACUAUAGUUUCUAUUAGAACCAAAAUCGUUCCGUUCUUGUAUUGGGUCGUCGUCUUCAGGAUUACUGUAUAGCGGAGAGCCAGAAAUGGCGAGCUCUCUGCAAGUGCGAGCAACGAAAUCACCACUUUGUCCGCCUUCCAAGAAUCUUUUCGCCGGCAACAACAUCGACGCCGGCCGUCGGAGACUACUCUGUAGGAGAAGACCUCCUCUACCAUUCGUUUCUUUGACCCUACAAUCGCAUUCUAAUGCAGCUGCUCCCUCGACUUCCGAGCCCUCGCAUUCGCAUUACACCUUCUCCGUUGGAUCUUCUCCAAUUUCUCCUUCUCUUCAUCUCUCUCACUGGAAUCUUACCAAUCGCCAUAUCGCUCUUCUCAAUGUUAUCGCUUGCGCGACGGCAAUAUCUACCACAUGGCUGUUUUGUUCUGCAAUUCCCACGCUUCUGGCUUUCAAGAGAGCAGCAGAAUCAAUGGAGAGGCUGAUGGAUUCCACAAGGGAGGAGCUUCCUGAUACAAUGGCUGCCAUUCGACUAUCUGGGAUGGAAAUAUGCGACUUGACAACGGAGCUCAGUGAUGUUGGUCAAGAGAUUACCCAAGGUGUGAGGAGCUCCACUCGAGCAGUCCGCGUAGCUGAAGAGAGACUUCGAGGUUUCACAACCAUGGCUUCAUCAGCUUCAUUGCAGGCAGGGGCGAGCCCGAGAGCCCAGCCAGUUGAGCCUCUCGUAGCAAAAAAUGCUAGGGGCUUGAGAGAGGGUCUUGUGAAGGGUCGUACAAUCUUGCAGAUGUUUUUCACUCUUACCCAUUUUUCAAAGUUUGCUCUUAACUACAUCACUAGAAGCAGAAAGAGUUAGGGCCAAAGAAGAUGCUAUAUGUUCCUGCUGAGCAAUAUAGACGUUCUCUUCUGUAUAUUUUUUGUUCCUCUCUUUUUCAUGAGAACGUGGAAAUAGUUAUGGAUUAUGCAUUUCCCUUUAGACUAAUGACAACGCAUUAAGGUGGAAUAGAAUCGAAGAUGCUUCACGGCCUAUUUGGUAUAAAGGAGUUUGGCACUCUGGAAACCAGAUGCCGAUAAACUCUGGAAUAGUUCUUCCCAUAAAGGGGUUGAGGGACCUUUUCAGAUUCUCGAAUACAUUGGUUACUGAUUUUUUUUUUGUUUGGAUCUAAUGAUUUUCUGUUGAUUUGUGGGUUAAUAUAGGGUUUGUCCAUCUUUCCUGUC